AAAAAUGAAAAAAUAAGGCAAAAUAAAUGUAUUAUUUACAUUCAUGCCAUGGGUUUUCAUUUUUGGUGCAUUUAAUGGAAUAAUAAUUUAUUUCAUUAUUUAUUUAUUCCUCUAUUUCAAUUUAUGCCAGCGUCGGUCUUCCAAACACGAUUAUAAUCCGUCACUAACAGCUGAAUUAUCACAGUCAUGUUAUCCAGCUCAGGACGCACCUGAAGAACAUGGAGGAAGAAUUUCGACCACAGAUGAAGAAGAUGGCUGUGGCCAUGGGCGCUUCUCUCACAGAGCAGGACAUCGACCACAUGCCUCCAGGGAUGACAUCACAGGGAAUCUUCCACUACAGCCGGUUUCUGGAGUACAUGAGGCAGUUCAAGACCUCCGAGCAGCGAGAGGAGGCCAUCAAGAAGGCCUUCAGGAUGCUCGACAAAGAUGGCAGCGGCUACAUAGAGUGGAAUGAGAUCAAGUACAUUCGGUCAACUGUGCCAACUGCAACCCCAUCAGCUCCCCUCUCUGAUGAGGAGGUGGAGGCCAUGAUCCAGGCUGUUGACACUGAUGGAGACGGACGCAUCGACUAUAGAGGCAAGGUGUUUUACAUUUUACUCUCUGUGGUGCAUUGGCCUGUAGUCACCACUAAGGGUCAGCAGUUAGUAGCUCUUCAUAUCUGAGGGUAAAAUAGACUCUUAACAUCAGGCUGAAUCACACUGUAGUCAGAACAUAGAAAGUUAAUAGAAUGAACUCAACAAACUCAGCAUAAUGUCAAUAUCAGUGACAAUAUAAUCAAUGUCAAUAUAAUGUCAAACGGUUAUAUUUAGUUCUUAAGAAAUAUAUAAUAAUUGCAUGAAGCAAAAAACAAGAUCUAACAAACCAAACGCAGCUCCCAGCCUCACCUCGUCUCUUUGUGUUCCCCUCCCUGCCCUGCAGAGUUCUCUGACAUGCUGAAGAUGGAGAAGGAACUCAAGAAGUAACAGUCAUGUGGUUCAUCAGUGCUCAGGGUGUGACGACGAAGAG